CUCAAAACUACAAAAGGACACACUCAAAUUUGCAGUUCAGGGGGUUCAGAUUCCCUCUCCCCUCUGCUCAAAAUCUUGAACAAAUCCCUGAGAAGAGGGGCUACCCUAAUGCAUGAAUGGAUGAGAAGCUCCUCGAACAAAUCAAUUACGCACACUCUGAGUCAGAACAUGUCAGAAAAAGCAGCCUUUAUUCCAGUUACAUCUUGGCCAUAGGAAACAAGCAGGACCUGGAGGAGUAUAUGUGUGAAUUGUUGGAUGGCACCAAACCAAGAAAUCGAAGAUUCAUAGAUGAACUCUUGAGAAGAUGGAAAGCACGUUCAAGACCGAUUGAUGGUCAUGUGCCAGAUAACUUUACAGCUUACAACAAAAAGACUGAUCAAGAAGUGUUGUUCCACCACAACCCUGAUAAAUCGAAAUCCAAGAAGAAAUCAAAAGGACAUAGUGUACGGCAAGAAGACCAAGGUGUUGGAAUAAAUGGUGUGGGUGUGAAUAGUACUUCAGUUGAUGAACCACCCCUGAAAGACACUUCCAAUAAAAAGAAACAGAAAUAUGUCGCCCUGUACAGUAAAGAGGGGCAGGAUACUGCUAUUGUGAAAUUACCAGGACGUCAUAUAUGCCAGUGCCAAGCUUCCAAACAUAGACUUGUUGGCAACUGCAUGAAAUGUGGUAGAAUUGUCUGUGAUCAAGAAGGUUCGGGACCAUGUGUUUUUUGUUCAACUCUGGUAUGCAACAAGGAAGAGCAAGAAAUUCUGGCAAGAGGCUCUAAAAAGAGUGAACGUUUACGGCAGGAUUUGAUGAGGAAAGGCAUGACAGAUGAAAAUGGUGCUAUAAUGAAACAAGAUAGACAUUUACUACCGCAUGCGUCGGCCAAACUUAAAUCUGGAUUUGAUCGUGCUGUGGAGCAGAAGGAACGUUUACUGGAGUAUGAUAGAACCAGUGUGCGGCGAACUCAGGUGAUCGAUGAUGAAUCGGAUUAUUUUACUACUGAUGGCAAUCAAUGGCUCAAUAAAGAUGAACGGAAGAAGCUGAAGCAAAGGGAGGAGGAAUUGCGGUCAGUCAGACACGGAUCAAGGAGGGACAGAAAAAUAACCUUUGACUUUGCGGGUAGGCGUGUGAUAGAUGCAGAGGAUAGUGGUGCUAAUAUGUAUGAUAAAGAGGACUCGGUCGUACAGGAGGUCUUCUAUGGCGUGAAGCCAAAAAAUGACACUAAUGCAUUCCGGCCAGAAGAUUUUGGUGAUUUGGUGAACCCGGGAAUUGUGCAAGAACCACCACAGUUUGUUGAGACGGGAUUAAAGCAGCCUUUUAGUAAAGCUGUGUCCCAAGGCAGUUCAUCAUCCAGUGCAGUUUCCAAUGAAAGGAAGAAUCUGAGAAUCCAAGACCGACAGCUGCAAGAGAUGUCAGAUGAAGGCAUGUGCAUGAGCAUGCACCAACCUUGGGCUUCUUUACUUGUAGCGGGAAUCAAAAAGCAUGAAGGGCGGACAUGGUAUACUAGUCAUAGAGGCCGCUUAUGGAUAGCUGCAACCGCUAAAACACCUUUACAAACAGAUAUUGACCAAGUUGAAAACCAGUAUAGAGCUAUCUAUAAAAACAGAAGUAUAAAUUUCCCUGACCACUACCCAGUAGGGUGUCUCCUUGGUUGUGUUGAAGUGUCUGACUGUCUUGCACAAGAAGAUUAUGACAAACAAUUUCCUCAUGGCGAGUCUGCCUCACCAUUUGUUUUCAUCUGCCAAGACCCACAUGAGCUGGUUGUGAAAUUUCCAAUGAAAGGAAAGCAUAAAUUGUAUAAACUAGAAUCCCAUUUUCACCAAGCUGCCAAGAAAGGAGCAAGAAGAGUGGAUUCGCCAUUUUAACGACAAUCAAAUAACUGCUCAGAUCUGCUUCAUUUCUUAUGAUAAAGAGUCCAAAACGCCAGGUCAAAGUUUUUUUGCCUCAUUUGAGUUGUUUUGCGCAUGGCUCAAACAAUGAAAGAUAGUUUUGUUUGAAAGACAAAAUAAUGCUUAUGUUUUUGAUCAACCCUUUCAUUCUCAUCCUUUACCUAAUCAAUGGUAGUUAUUAUAAUAAUGAUAUUCAUGAUUGUUAUGUAGGAACAUUUACCUGUCUCAACAAGUUAAAAUUCUUAUAAGACAUGCCAGAAUUCUGGCUAACUUGGAUUAAGUGCAACUAACUCAACUUGCGUCAGGAAACCAUGAGGAAUUCCUCAGUGAGCAUGCUCUGCUUCUGCUGAGGUACUGGCUAUGUUUUGGUUGGGUGGUAUGAUCUAUUUGAGAACCAGAAACCUGGUUAAUGCUAUUUGAGAUGGAAAGGGUUGAUUAAUUUGGUGCCAUAUUGCUGUUUGUUACUUUUUCAUGAGUUUCUGCAGUGGGUGCCCAGUGUGCUGAACUCCUGCUGUCUUGAGAAGGACUGUCAAGCUACAUGGGUCUGCCAUUAUUUUGCUCUUGAUGGCGUGAUCUGAUUCUGAUGUUUGAGAAUUGCAUAAGUCCAGACUUGAAGGGUAAGAUGUUGAAGAGGCAGUGGGCCUUUUUGUCAUCUCACUCACCAUUUAAUCAGUCAGUCGCCAUUGCCCUGGACACCCGAUUACUUAGUGUUGCCAGAAUGAUUCCAUGAUUUGCCUUGAUUGGAUCCAUGGCCUCAGCUUUGUUUGCCGAUGACUGAAUGUCAUAGGCCACCACUCAGUUACUUUUAAGCUUCUGUUUAGUUCGUUGUAAACCCCAGAGAGUCACACUCGAUGACAUGUGUAGAGCAUCCUUGUACAAAACUGAAUGACUGGGGGUGUUUUUUCUGUCGGCAAAAGGUGAUACAUGCUGGCCUGGGCAAAGAGGCCCUAUCUUUUAGUCAAGCCCUGUAGUAGGCCUUGGAGCAUACUUUAAAAGUUACCGGCCACCUGCCAUAGGCCCCUUAUUGUCAAAGUCAGGUUACAAAAGUUCAUUCAUAUCCCCUACACUCAAGUUGUGGGCAGAAAGUGUGUACCAGUGUGAGGGGUUGUCUUUGCGCACGUAUAGCAGUAUCCUGCCUACAAAUUGGGAUUGUUUUACCCACUGGAGGGUCCCGGUAAAAGGCUCUGGUUCAAGGAUGCUGUAUGCAUAGAAUUGAGAGCAGCCCCCCUGGUCUGUUAAGUCAAUUAUUUUUCGAAGUGACUAUUGACACGACCGUCGUGUCACGACCGUCGUGUCUACAGCGCCAUAAUCUGUAAGAACAUUACCCGACCGUCGUGUCCGCAGUGAUGCAGGGUAAGACUUGCAGCCACGACGGCCGUGCCACGGUACAGUCGGGUCCGCAAUACUAAGUUUCAUCGCUGCUUGCACGACGGUCGGUAAGCCGUAUUCAGGUUGUUCCGGUCCAUGUUUUAUAUUCACGCACGGUCGGGUACGCAACACCAAAUUUCGUUCUUGUUGGCACGACGUCGUCGUUUCCGCAAUGAAGGGAGCCUGCAUUGCGGAAACGACAGUCGGGUCCGCAGUGCUAACAAUAAUCAUUCGGGGCACGACCGUCGUGUCAAUAACAGCUUCCAUUAUUUUUUGUGAAAAAAAAUUUUCUUAUGUAUUUUUCAUUUCUUGUCCGAAAUGACUUACAGUGUUGUAUUUGUGGACCAUCAGUUUUCUCUCGAAUAUUCUAUUUAUCUUUCCACCAAAGCUAGUAGACCUCAUCUAUUUGAGGACUUGAACGAGUGUGGGGGAAUGACUCCUAGUUACAUUGGAUUUACAGCAAACAUUAUGAACAAAGAAGAAACAAUCAAUAAGUGAUGCUCUGGAUCAAAGCAAUUGUAGUCAAUGCCAUCACUCUAUUGGUGAGUGAACAGAAGAGUAAGACUCCAAUUAUGACAAUCUUCUCUAUUUGACACUGGUGCGAAUUGCAAGCAGGUUGUUGGGUUAUUGUAAAUCCGAAAAUACUCGCAGCCAGUUAGUUAUACGAUUUUCUGAAAUUGCUACUUUAGUAUACUUUUAAUUUAGCAUUUUGACAACCAUGCAACAGUAAUUUUAGAUAGAUCUAAAAACGCGGAAAACAGGGACCACAGACAUUUUCAUUGGUGAGGGUAUUGAGAUUGGUAAAGUAUUGUUUCUGAUUAGGAAAAGUAAACAGUUAUUGGAGCGUAAAAUGUGAUUGUCAUCUUACGUUAAAAGAUCAUUUGAAAAAACUGUUUUGAAACUGCAGGCCUUGCAUUGUUGGUAAUGAGGGGAUGCCAGCAUGUAUAUGUAUUGUGUUCUUCAUUUUAGAGUAGACUAAGAGAGAAUGAUAAUAGUAUCUGUCUUGUUUUUGGCCCUGUAUUAGGAUUCCGCAUGUGAAAUACUUCCAAGAAAUUGCUUUUAUAAAAGAAGACUGCAGUUUCACAAAAAUCCCACAAGGACGAAGUUCUGCAAUUGUGUCUGUCUACACGCUGAGGAAAAGCAAAGUAACUCUCUUUGUAGGCAUAUUCAUCGAGAUUAGAAGUCAUGCUUUGUUGUAAUUUGGGCUCAAUGCCCUUCACCCCUCCCUGGCAUCACUGCCAAACUUCACUUCUGCUAUUGUUGCACCUACAACAAAGUAUACCGUGUGGGUCAGUGACAUCAAGACAUCCUUAAUAGCAGCUUUUUCUGCGUUUACCUCAUCUCCAUAGCUUCUGUUUUUUUGGUGCCAGAGUCUUAAGUCAAAUAUGGAUCAUGGCAGUGAUUUUCUGCUUGUUAUAUUUCACUAACAUAAUCUGAUUCUGACUUGUGAGCAUUGCUGUACAUUUAUGUUUGUAAUGUGGAAAGUAGAACUUAAGGAUGCUCAGAUUAAGGUUCUGUAAAUUCUCCUUAUUCUAAAUCUAAUUGGACGCACUGUUAAGAUUAAAAUUUCGGUGUCUUUCAUUUUCUGUUGAUCUAAAUAUGAAAAUGUCUGCUAUCCGGGCUUCUCAAUUGAUAUGUUCUGAUCUUCUGUUUGUAUUCUUGCUCCUUGUGUGUGUCUACUUGUAUCCCUACCCCUCCUUCUCUCACACCAUCCACUCUAGGCUCUGUCCAGCCUCCCACCUACAUAUCUCCUUCCUCUCUCAUCUCCAUUCCUGUAAUGUUCUGCAUUGGAAGCCAAAGGACAGCACAGUCAAACAAGUUGUUUGAAACAGCUUGUUGUAUUGGCAAAUACAUAAGGCAAGCUUAGAUACUUCUGGUGUUGGUCAUAACUGUUUGAGCUCAAUUGCAGGUUUUGCAAUAUUGCAUAUCAUUGUAUUGGCUGUUGGUCUGUGAUGCCUGGUGACAUAUAGAAUAAACCAAUUAUUCAAAAUUUUGUUUUGUCUGGCUAAAUUAUUUUGGAAUUAUUUCCAGAUUUAGGGCCACAUUGAAGUCUUGUAAUUGGCAUGUCUGACAGGAGUUAUUUCAGCAAAUUCUGCCUUUUGGCAGAGUUUUGGGUGAUUUUGUGGUGAAAUUUUGAAACCUUUUGGCUUGACUCUGUCGUGAAUUGUUUAACCUGGUUAUGCUCCCGAUUACCGUUCGUUGCUUUCCGGAGAUUGUCCAAACAGAGGCCGAGUUUCUUCCUCAAUCACAAUUUGCAUGACAUUCGAAAGAUUCUCGUCAUCUUUUCUACCGGGACGUGGUAACAAGAAACCUUGUUUCUGCUCAGAAUGUCGCAUUGAAGUGAAAAACUGGGUUUGGAAGGCAUCUGGAAAUAUGUCCAUGAUGAUGCUUUGCUCUAUUCUUUGCCUAGAGCACUAAUGCGAACAGCUCGCUCAAAGUUACGAGCCGCCGUGGCACUCGUGCAAAACUACAUCUAACUAUAGAAUAUUGGUUAAUUUCUGCAUUUAUUGAUAAUAACAUAUGAAAAACAACAAAGACCUAAGGUAAACAGGUAUCAAAUCUAACAUUCUCUGCAAUUUCAACAGCAGAGAAAUUAGUAAUUAUGCAAAAUUUUGGCCGUCACUGUGACCUAGCAAGAUAUGGUAAUGAGAGGGACUGCAGAAGGCGUGUCCACAUGUUAGUCUUACUUAAUUGUCAAUCAAAUGUUGCUUUAUUUGAUCUUAAAACUUUUGUGGUCAAUAAUUUUUUUUAUGUUCAAUAAUUUUUUUCCACUUGAUAACACGUUUUCUAUGCAAAGGUAAUACUUCGCCCGCCAUACUAUUGCGAUAUGGCCUAACAUUUAUUCACAGGCUUUCUUUAUCACCAGCUAGAAAUAAGUUACAAGCCAGAAAUGAUAUUUAUGAAUUGUGGCUGUUACAAUUGGCAAACUUGGAUCCGCUUGACAUGUAUAACGUAAGAAUAACACAUUUAAGAUAUAUAAAGCGAGAUUACAUAUCUUCGAUUGACAGCUUGACCCAAACAAAUUAUUAAGAAUGAUAUUCUCUUCUCUUGAGGACAUUUUGAUAAAUCAAGAUUUCAAAACGUUGACAGAAUAGAAUAGUAUGCGCAUUCUUUUGUUUCUUUUCUGUCUAGUUUGUACAGUGAGUAUGUUCUAUGUCUGUAUAUAACAUGA